AUGUCCAAAAUGUUUCCACGAGUCCUGGCACCUUUACACCCUCUAUUGACGAAGAUGCGAAGUUUACCGGCAGUGUCUAAACGGACGUAUGUAUCUGAGCCUGGAAACAAGAUACGUUCAAAACUUCGAAACCCGCGGCUGUUCCGCGAACAAGCCUAUAUCAACGGAAGGUGGACCGAUGGUCGAGCGACAUCGCGUUUCUCCGUUGUGAACCCGUACAAUGGCAAAGUGAUUGGAAAUUGUCCAGAAAUGGACGUGAGCGAUACUACUACCGCCAUCGAGAAAGCACAGCAUGCCUUCGAAUCGUUCAGGCACAGUUCCGCUCGUCAACGGAUGGGUAUAAUCAGAGACUGGUUCCAGCUCAUGCAAGAACAUGAAGAUGACCUCGCAAUUAUUUUGAGCCAUGAGAACGGGCGGCCAAUUGAGGCUGCGAAAGCCGAGAUCAAGUAUGCGGCGAGCUUCUUCGAGUGGUUUCAGGGAGAAGCAGUCAGGUCCUACGGCCAAACGGUACAAGGAAGUUCACCCGAGAACAGGGUGAUGACGAUCAAGCAGCCCAUCGGUGUUGUAGGGGUUUUGACACCAUGGAACUUUCCUUCUGCCAUGAUAACCCGUAAAGCUGGAGCGGCAAUUGCUGCUGGCUGUACUACGGUCCUAAAGCCGGCUGCUGACACGCCAUAUUCUGCACUCGCACUUGCAGAGCUGGGCGAACAAGCUGGAAUCCCGCCCGGCGUAUUUAACAUCGUAACAACGGAACAAAAUGUAGCUGCAGUGGGCAAGCAACUUUGCGAACAUCCUACUGUCAAGAAAAUAUCAUUCACUGGAUCGACGAAUGUUGGGAAGCUUCUCAUGCAGCAAUGCGGCGAUUCGCUGAAGAAAAUGUCCAUGGAACUUGGUGGAAACGCUCCGUUCGUCAUUUUCGACGACGCCGACAUGAACAAGGCAUGGGAUGGUCUACUCGCAGCGAAGUUCAGAGGCGCUGGUCAGACCUGUGUCUGCGCCAACCGAGUAUAUAUUCAAGAGAGCAUUGCGGACAAAUUCAUCGAGGACUUCCACAAGCUGGUAGGCGCGAAGAUGGUUGCGGGUGAUCCAAGCGCCACUGGUACGAGUCUUGGUCCGUUGAUAAAUCUGAAAGCUCGGGAGAAAGUCGAAAGACUUGUGAAAGAUGCGCGAGAGAAGGGUGCCGUGGUUGUAGCUGGAGGGCACCGAUCGCAGGACGAGCCGCAGACAUUUUUCCCAGCGACCAUUCUAGAUCGCAUGUCACAUGACAUGCAGGCCAGUCGCGAAGAGCUUUUCGGGCCUGUUGUUGCUUUCUACCGUUUCAAGGAUGAGACGGAGCUUCUGCGGAUGGCAAACGAUUCGGAAGUCGGGCUGGCAUCGUAUGUGUAUACAGAGCAGUUGACACAGGCUUGGAGGGCAGCGGAACUACUACAAACCGGUAUGGUUGGCAUCAAUACUGGUAUGAUAUCGGACCCAGUUGCGCCCUUCGGGGGCAUUAAGCAAAGCGGCUUUGGCCGCGAAGGCGGUUCUGUUGGGAUUGAGGAGUUUCAGAACGUGAAGACCAUUACAUUGGGAGGAGUCCAAUUAUGA